AGGGAGAGGACGCUCCGCUCCGCGGCAACCACCCGACACGAGAACCUGUUUCUAUCUGAUCAAAGUCUGAUUACUACUACUACUGCACCCGCCAGGCUUUUGCAUCAACUUUGGGAAUACAAACAUCUUAAAAGAAUAAGUUUGAAAAGGAUAGACGGCCCUCUCAGCCCCGUCCCUACGCCCCCAGUGAUGCUUAGCUGCUUUUUCCCAGAGGCCCACCUUGGCAGUUAGAGGAGAGGUCGUCACCAUGACAGCGUCCUCGCAGGAGUCGACACCCUCGUCUGUGGCCGGCCUGCUCCUGCUCCUUCUCUUCCCAGCUGUUUUCACCCAGAACUAUGCCGUUCCGCCGACGCCGGCCGCGCCUCCGCUCGACCCGCUGACCCAGCCAGAGUGCACCAAGAAAGAGCAUCCAAAGGUUUCCAUCCAAGCGCUCAGCCCGUGGAUAUCCACUUUCUCCCACCCCGGCGCGAGAGACUACUCACAGCUCACCCUUGACCUGACUAGGAAUGAGCUUAUUGUGGGUGCCAGAAACUACCUUUUCAGACUGGACCUCAGUAACAUGUCUCUAAUACAGGCAACGGAGUGGGCACCGGACGAGGAAACCAGGAGGUCCUGUCAGAGCAAAGGCAAAACAGAGAUGGAAUGUCAGAAUUACAUCAGGGUCCUGUUGGUGAACAAAACAGAAGUCAUGACCUGCGGCACAAAUGCUUUCCAGCCACUGUGCACCACCAGAGAGGUGGGCAACAUGAGCAGGGUGCUGGAGCGUGUCAACGGCGUGGCGCGCUGCCCGUACGACCCUCGUCACAACUCCACGGCGGUAGUAACGGAGAGUGGAGAGCUGUACGCUGCUACUGUCAUCGACUUCUCGGGCCGUGACCCCGUCAUCUACAGAAGCCUGGGCGGCAUGCCGCCCCUGCGCACGGCCCAGUACAACUCCAAAUGGCUCAAUGAGCCCCACUUCAUCUCAGCCUACGACAUCGGCCUCUUCACCUUCUUCUUCCUGAGGGAGAACGCGGUGGAGCACGACUGCGGCAAGACGGUGUACUCCCGCGUGGCCCGCGUCUGCAAGAACGACAUCGGGGGGCGGUUUCUCCUGGAGGACACCUGGACCACGUUCAUGAAGGCCCGGCUCAACUGCUCGCGCUCCGGAGAGAUCCCCUUCUACUACAACGAGCUGCAGAGCACCUUUUACCUGCCCGAGCAAGACCUCAUCUACGGCAUCUUCACCACCAAUGUCAACAGCAUUGCCGCGUCUGCAGUGUGUGCCUUCAACCUGAGCGCCAUCACCCAGGCAUUCAACGGGCCCUUCCGCUCCCAGGAGAAUCCCCGCUCCACCUGGCUCCCCACGCCCAACCCCAUCCGCAACUUCCAGUGUGGUACUAUAAAUGAGGAGGGUCCCAACGACGGUUUGACGGAACGGAGCCUGCAGGACGCACAAAGGCUGUACCUGAUGAACGACGUGGUCCAGCCCGAGUCCGUGGAUCCGCUCGUCAUGCAGGAUGAUGUUCGUUUUUCCAACCUCGUUGUGGAUAUUGUUCAGGGCAUGGACACCCUCUACCAUGUUAUGUACAUCAGCACAGAAUACGGCACCAUCCUGAAGGCCCUGGCUACUCCUAACAAGAACCUGCAGGGCUGUUACCUGGAGGAGAUGGAGCUCUUCCCAGCAGGUGUACGAGAUCCAAUCCUGAGCCUACAGAUCUUGCACAGUGACAGGUCUCUGUUCGUGGGGCUCAAUAACAAAGUCCUGAAGAUCCCACUGGAGAGAUGUUCCACCUACAAGACUGAGGCGCUGUGCCUGGAGGCCCGGGACCCGUACUGCGGCUGGGACUUCAGGCAGCGCAGAUGCACCACGCUAGAGGACAGCUCCAACAUGAGCCAGUGGAAGCAGAACAUCACCGUGUGUCCGCUGAGAAACCAGACGACGGACGGCAGCUUCGGCCUGUGGACGCCAUGGCAACCGUGUAACAACGAGGACUCUGUGGACGGCGUGAGCUCCUGCUUGUGUCGCUCCAGAUCCUGCAACAGUCCCGCCCCGCGAUGCGGAGGCAAGAACUGUGAAGGCCCCACCAUCGAGGUGUCAAACUGCUCCAGGAAUGGAGGCUGGACUCCCUGGUCGUCAUGGGGACAGUGCAGCACAACUUGUGGAACAGGCUUCGAGCUGCGCCAGCGUUCCUGUAACAACCCGUCACCCCGGCACGGAGGCCGGGUGUGUGUGGGGCCGAGCAGGGACGAAAGGUUCUGUAACGAGGGCAUGCCCUGCCCUCAGCCCAUCUUCUGGACCCCCUGGGGCUCCUGGACCAAGUGCAGCUCUGAGUGUGGCGGGGGCGUCCACUCCAGGGUCCGCACCUGUGAGAACGGAAACACCUGCCCGGGAUGUGCUCUGGAGUACAAAGCCUGUAACCUGGAGGCGUGCCCCGAGGUGAAGAGGAACACGCCCUGGACGCCCUGGAUGCCGGUCAACGUGACCCAGGGCGGAGCCCGGCAGGAGCAGAGGACGCGCUACAUGUGCCGCGCUCAUCUCCCCGACCCCCACGAGCUGCAGAUCGGCCGCAGGAAGGUGGAGACGCGCUUCUGUCCAAACGACGGCACGGUCAUGUGCGAGACGGAUAGACUUGUUGAGGAGCUUUUGAAGACGCCUGUAGGGAGAAUGGCUGGCGUAGCCUGGUCGUCGUGGGAGACGUGGUCGAGCUGCUCUCAGAGUUGUGCCAAGGGUUACCGGACUCGCCGGAGAACCUGCGGCGGACCGGAGGGGAAGAGCGCGCCGGUGGCCUGCCGCGGCUCGCCUGUGGAGUACCAGGACUGCAACGUGCAGCCCUGUCCCGUGAAAGGUGCGUGGUCCUGCUGGUCCCCGUGGUCCCAGUGCUCGGUGGGCUGCGGCGGCGGUCACUACCAACGGACUCGCUCCUGUAACAGCCCUGCACCGGCCAGCGGAGGGGACAUUUGCAUCGGCCUGCACACCGAGGAGGCGCUGUGCAACACACACCCGUGCGACGAUGGUUGCGCAGACAGAAGGGAACAGAUGGUGGAGAGCACGCAGCCAGUUGGUGGCUGGAUGGCCUGGUCGCUGUGGUCGGCCUGUGAUGAGUCAGGCUUGCAAAUGAGAAGCCGAGUGUGUGGUGCUCAGGGCAACAGCCCUUGUGUGGGGAACAACACUCAGCGCAGAGACUGCAAUGAAAUACCUGUCAUUCUCCCUGCAUCUGGUUUUGAUAAGGACCAACAAUGUGGGGCGUUCACCUCCAUCCACCUAAUUGCCACGGGCGUGUCCUGCUUCCUCGGGGCGGGGCUGCUGUCCUUCCUGCUCUACGUGUACUGCCAACGCUUCCACAAGCCCUCGCAAGAGUCGGCCAUCAUUCAUCCCACCACCCCCAACCACCUCAACUACAAGGGCAACACCACACCAAAGAAUGAGAAGUACACACCCAUGGAGUUUAAGACGCUGAACAAGAACAACCUGCUCCCCGAUGAGAGAUCCAACUUCUACCCAGCGCCGCUCCAGCAGACCAACGUCUACACCACCACCUACUACCCCACGUCACUGGGCAAGUUCGACUACCAGCCCAACUCCUCCCCGUCCCCCUGCAGAACCUACAACCACAGUAACAACAGCUGAGGCCCGGCCAGAACGGCAGAACCCCGGAAGGACACCACCCCCAUGCCAUGUUGUUGCUGAACCAACAUGAACUGAACUAUUUCUCCGAGCUUGACUAGGUUUCUUUGCUCACCAUUGUCCCUCUUCUUGCUCCCCGUAGUCUCUUCUGCAUGGCGGGGUUUGUGUUUUCAAGGAUGUUUUUUUGGAACUUUCCAGGGGGAGAUGUGGGUUCGGAGAACAAUGCCCGUGACCUGGUGGUGUCAAGAACUUAUGCAACCAGUUGGAGGUUUGUUUUCGCAAGGGCCUGGCUGGAUAUAGCUGUGUGAACCCACUGUUUGACAUCGGGAGGGGGGGAACGUGGAAAAACUGGAGGAGAUCGAGUUCUGGCUUUGUCACCACACACCCCCUCCCCCAAUGCAGGUGCGGGAGACUAAUACCAAUACUACAUAAUAAUAAACAAGAAAUUCUCUGAAGCGGACUCUCUGAACCAUUUUAUGCCUCAUUCCACAUUCUCAACCCGUGAAGAACUUUAAGUCCCUGGACAACAAAGGCAGUUAGAGAGAACAAAGGCCUUCAUGGUCAUGUCCUUGCUGCAGAGCACCAGGCAAGGGGACGACAAAAGAGAAAACUCAAUGAAGUCGAUGAUGAAAUAAAUUAGAGAUCAAUAUCAGCUUGCUUGUUUGGGGGGAAUGCACUCCCUCUAUUGCUGACAUUUCACCAGACGGAAAAGAUAAGACCUUUAAAGUUGAUUGAGGUUUUGUAUGACUGUUUUGGAAAAAGUCUCAAGCAAACGUCACCCUCAGCGGGAGCGAGACGCUCUCCGAGUGUGUUUAUGAUCAGAAACCCACGCCUGUCGUUGCCAAGGACGUCCGAGGAGGCCGGACGACGGCGUGGGGGGAGCCGCGCGAGCCGGGGGUGCCUGUAUGCAAUAGAGAGCACGGGUGAUGAUUUUGUUCAUUUUGUUAUGUUUUUAAACAUUUUCAAGAACAAUAAAGACUUUUGAAAGAGAAUUGAUUGAUUCUCCAAUGAAUUCUCCAUGGAAUGAAUGCAAUUCUACUGAGUGCUAAAUAGCUCGGUGGUCAUAUCAAAUAUGGCCAGUGUGCUGAACAACUGGACUUGGUUUUCUAUGAUGGUAGAAUAAGCUAAUAGACUGGCACUUGAUUUGUUUUUCUUUCUUAAUGUUUGUUUUUUUCAAAAUGAUAAUUGAUUUACGCUCAGAUGAACCGUAGCAUAGGAAGAAAUAUUUUGUGAAAUAAGAUAUAACUGAUUAAUUUCUGAUUUCUUUGUUUUUAUUCUGAUCAUUUCACUUCAGUGAAUACAUUUCUGAAUUUUUGAUUUAGCAGUUUCAUAACCCCUGCAUCUACAACACAUGAAAUGUUCUAAAACAAUGAAUUUGAAUGUUUUAUUUUCAUUUUGUACACAAGUACUAACAAAACAAACCCUUUCGUCCCACUUGAAAAGAGAAAAAAGCUGAGUUACACUUGCUUAGGUGUUUGUCAGUGUGAAGAUCAAAAUGAACGCAUGCGAGUGUGAAUGUGCAGAAUAAAACAAAGGGAGGUGACUGCAUAUUGUACAAUGUAAAUGCUUUCAUACAUAAGACUGUAAAUGUUGUUUUUUUUUAAUGUAUAUGUGCAUUUUUCCACAUUCUGUCACACUCUUUAGGUAUUCUACUGUUUUGUUUUCUAUAUUUCAUGUAUGAGAUGUUAAACAUUGUAAGUUAAAAGCAACACGCCUUUGGUUCCUGCAGAGGUGGAAAUGGAUAUUAUUUAUAGUCACAGCUUGGUUUAUAAAGGGCAUUUUCACUGCAAUAUUUUAUUAUCAUUGCCUGGUUGAUAAAUGCUAGCCCGGGCCUUGCUUUUGAGUUCAGCUUCUGUACAUGCACGAGAUGAGAGCUCUAUCUGUAUAUAAGAGCAGCAGCCUUCAGCCCAUGUAAUGUCCCAGAAAGAGCAUUGUGUAAAUCUAUCUGUAUAUUGUAUAGCUAACACUGUUUGUUAAAAAAAAAGAGAGAGAGAAAAAAAGGCCUUAUAGUUGUUUAAAAAAAAAAAAAAAAAAGUGCAGCAGCUAAGUACACAGCAAACCUCGAGGUUUGUUUGGGGACAGAGCUCCACAAUGUGACCGACCUUGUUACUUACGACCUUUCCCAGCUGCUUAAACAUCACGUUUCCAGACACUUGAACCCCGAGUGAAAAUAACCUACUCUAGCGAGGAAAACAACCAUCAGAUAUCACAGACGAGGGGGAGGAGGAGGGACAGGAGUGAAAGUAAAGAGAGAGAUUGGGCCAGUUAUGUGAUUGGUGAUUCUGAGCUCUGUCCCCUGCGAUGUGAAGCUCUGUGCCCUUCUAUGCAACUUACCAGGUGUACUGUUAGACCUGUCAUGUAGACUAUAAUCACUGCCUUUUAGACACUGAAUUUUUUACCCUAUAUUUUUGUAUAUUGUACAUUAUAAAAGACAAUAAACCUUGAUGGAAAUGCAGAA